CCUCGGAUGCAAAGUGCAUGACGUGGUGAUUUUGUUUUAAACAUAAUCACAGGACGAGUACAGUACAGGGCGGUCUUCAUCAUCGCAUCUCUGAUUCAUAAGGCAAUCUGCCCGGAAUUCUACAUGGUCCAACCACUUUAGAAAAUAAACAAAUCAUAUAAUUAUCUAUGAAUGUUUUCAGAUCCAGCACAAGCAGUGGACAGUCUUCGUCUUCAGUUAUUGCUUGUCAAUGGAAAAGUAUCAUCGCUUUGGUAUUUCGCAUCACAAUGUAACCGAGAUUUGAGUGGGUUGUAAACGAUUUGAUGCUCCAUUUGAUGCCCCAUGUUGGUAUUGUCUAGUUCAAGUGAUGGACAAUCUGAAUUACUGAGCGAUGGAUAAAAUGCACUUCGUGAAUGAAACAGUCGACAUGGCCGAGAGAAGGUGACAACUAACUACAGGUGUAUAUUUUGGAGCGCACGAUCGACAUGAUCGACAUCAUACUCUUAGCAGUUCAUUCUUCAAAGCUUCAGGAUAUUGGUCAUUCUUCGUUGCCACCUCUGGUACCUGUAAAAUAUAUGGGAUAGAAUGAAUCAAUAUCAUCAUUGCCUUAUCAUUGGACAACGCAGCUCUGAUCAGCCAAAAUUGACAAAAUAAUCGCCCGGGUCCAGAAGUUUCACCCUUUUCAGAGAGUGAUCUAAUUUGUUGGAAAAGGCAGAUCUCAACAAUGAGCGAAAUUGGUUAAAGCUUACUGUCUGGCAGCAUGACUACAUGACACUGAUUGACCUAGUCCGUAUAGUAGGCCAGUCGCCUAAACACUUUUACUGUCACCAUGGAAAUCAUGAAUUUGUCGUCCCUGAGGCGCACAUUUUUUAUUCUGCUCUCCGUCAUGGGACUUUUCCUGGUGCUCUUUUGCUUCGUCUCUACUGAAGAUUAUUUCGUAAAACAGGCGCGGAUCGUUAAGAACGCGCAAGACAAAACGACGCACAAUUUGAUCACUGCAAUGAAAACGACGCGUCAGUCGUUGACGCUUCGUCAAACGACCGAAAGAAGCGACGAUCGUGAUAAUAGUCGUCGUCAUCAUCCUUCCGUUCGGUCAACGACUGAUCCUGCAGUAACCAUGAAUAAAUAUCACUCCCUGACGACAGCUCGAAAGUCCACGGCAAUAUUACAAAAUGGGACUAGAGAUCAAGAUGUUGACAUCUUUGGGAAAGGAAAUCUCAAUAAAACAGAAGUAGGUCAAGACAGUCUACCAUUAGAGCGACGGGUUAUACCGCAUCCACACGUCAUGCCUAUCAGAAUAAAAUCAACAAACGAUAAAUCAUCAGAGAUUGGCACAAACACUAAAGAUCCUGCUAAGAAUCAGAACUUUACCGACAACAAAACCUUGACCGGCAUAAUGGCUCCUCAUCCACCUUAUUCACCAGGGGAAGCUGUUGAGGAGAAAACUGUAGAGAAUAGGGGCAAUGCUGCGAUGGCAAAACCCGUGGAAAAUUUAGAAAAACCAGUAGCUCGUAAGAAUACGUUCCUGUCCAGGAAAUAUAAGAAUACUGACCUGAUUCAGCAGUUCAAACACUUGGUAGAUGGUAAGCCUGAGAAGGGUGUUGCAAAGGAUGCCGAGGACGAGGAUGAGAUGAAACCUUGGGAAGUUGCCAAUGCAUUUCCUAUAAUCAAACUGCGUAAGACUAUAAAGAAGGAUACCGAUCGCCAAUUUUUUGAGGCGCUGUCCAAACGAACAAUAAAAUUCGCGAGGGGUUUUAGGGAGCCCAAUAGAAGUGUUCUCAAAAAGGUUCAAUGGCAACCACAUUUUGACAAUCAUACCUAUAAGUAUCUCAUUACACCACAAACUAACUGUUAUGAUUCCAAUGGUGACUACGCAGAUGUCACAUUGGUCGUCUUUAUCUUGACCAGUCCAGUUCAUUAUUCAAACCGCCGAGUCAUUCGUCGCACUUGGAUGUCGCACGCUCAGAGAGAGCAUCUUGACAUGAAGAUGAUUUUUCUCCUCGGCGCGACGGAUGACGCAUUCGUUCAACGUUACAUCGAGGAUGAGGCAAAUGAGUACAGGGACAUCCUUCAGGAGGACUUCCAUGAUUCGUACGUCAAUCUCACGCUCAAGACGAUUAUGGGACUCAAGUGGAGCACGCAGUCGUGCCCGAAAGCGAAGUUCGUCAUGAAGGUUGACGACGACGUAGCCGUGAACGUCGUCAACCUCACGGCCUACUUGAAAACGCUAAACGCCUCAGAGGACUUCAUCGGCGGGAUCGUUACGAAGGGUGCCGCGCCUUACCGCAAUGCCAACAAGAAAUGGUACGUGCCCGAAGACGUGUACCCUGAUCCGACUUAUCCACCUUAUCCUCAAGGAAAGAGCUACAUCAUGACGAUGAACGUCGCGAGGGAAAUCUUCACAGCCUCCAAACAGCUUGAGAUAUUUCCAUGGGAGGACGUCUUCAUUGGUCUCUGCCUGCAAAAGAUCGGGAUGCAACCGUCGGAGGUGCCGGGUUUCGAUGGGGCUGAUCCCAUAUUCAGUGCCAAAAGAGAAGUGUGGCAGAGCGACGAAUCGCUAAAGAUACUCCAAGGGUUGCUUAUAGUCUUUGAUUUGCGCGAUUCUCAGAUAGAGACUAUUUGGCAUGCAUGGCGUUUUAAGACAUGGCUACAUGUUUCAUGAUAAUGACGACUUCAAGAAUAGUUGAAUGGUCAGAUUUGUUUGAUGUAUACCCAGUUGACAUUCCAAACGAUAGGGUGAGUGAUCUUUGAGUGCAAUAAUUUAUGCAAUGACAUGUGUAAAUUUGAAAAUUAAUUGCAAAUGUAGAUGAUUGCUUAAUUAAAUGGUAUGUUUAUUCAACAUCUGUCUCACAGCCAUUGGCUGAAUUGUACAAUUAUUUUUUUCAAAUAAAAGCAAACAGUAUAUCACAAUACAUGACAAUAUUAUACCAACAUAUUAUAAGGAAUAAAAAGAAUGAUACGCGAUUUGACAUGGUAGAUGUGAAUCAUAAUUAAAUAAUUGAUAUAAUGCUAUAGACUAUCUUGCCGUCUGAAUGAAAGGAAAGGAGACAAAUGUAAAAUUCAUUGAGGAGAUAAA